AUUAUUUCUUCAACACGAAGCUCAGGAAAACCUUUUAUAUAAGAUUUUUUAAUCACAAGAAAUCGGAAAUCUUCGCAUUCUUGCUUUUAGAGAGAGAGAGAGUCGCCCCUUUCUCAUUCUCUCCUCUGCAUCACUCCGCGGCAAAGAAAACUCCAGAUCGAUCGAUCUCUCUCUCUCUCGCUCGCUUCUCGACUUUACUUGACCUAUAGACUUCCUUUGAUCGCCUCUGGUUGUUGAUCGUAUUCCAGUCUCUGCAAUUUCGACAAACGCCAGUUUCAACAAACGCUUUAGGGGAAAUAGUAUUUUGCAAUCAUGUUUAACAAGCUUUUUGGCAAGCCCAAACAGGACACCACUCCUCUCGCCACGCUAGAUAAGUUAAAUGAGACCCUUGAAAUGCUUGAGAAAAAGGAGAAAGUUCUACAAAAGAAGGUUGCAGCAGAGGUUGAAAAAGCAAAGGAAUUUACUAGAGCAAAAAAUAAAAGAGCUGCCAUACAGUGUCUGAAGCGGAAGAGGCUCUAUGAAGCUCAAGUCGAGCAACUUGGAAAUUUCCAGCUGCGAAUCCAUGAUCAGAUGAUCAUGCUAGAAGGUGCAAAGGCGACAACAGAAACUGUUGAUGCUUUGAGGACUGGUGCAGCAGCGAUGAAAGCCAUGCAAAAAGCAACGUAAGCAGAUCAUUACUGCCAUGUGUGUGUGUGUGUGUGUGAGAGAGAGAGAGAGAGAGAGAGAGAGAGAGAGAGUUUUUCUUUAGAAGAUGGGAAAUUUGUAACUUAUUUAUGGUUUUGGCAGGAUGAAUUGGAAGCAGAGCUUGAAGAGUUAGAGGGAGCAGAAUUGGAGGAACAGCUUCUACAACCAGCAACCACUGCACCCGCAAACCCCGUGCCGUAUGUCCCAGCUGGCAGGCAACCAACGCGCCCUGUUCCUCAAAAGAAUACAGCAGAGGAGGACGAGCUUGCUGCUUUGCAAGCAGAGAUGGCACUCUAAUCGUGCCUUUAUGCACAUGGACAACGUAAUGGAGUUAUGUAAAGAUGGUUGGCUGUACUUUAUCAUCGAACAUGGUUGGGCCGCUUAGUCAAUGUUUUACAGAGGUGUGUAUACUUCUUUCAUGCAUGUCAUAGUGUGGCAGGAAGCAAUGAAACUUUGCCUUGUUUCUACAUUUUCUCACUUGAGAGUACUUUUGAAGUUCUAUUGUUUGCUGUUUUGAUAAAAUGCCACAUGUUGUGGCUCUUUGUUAGAGCCAUUUAAUCCCUGCAACAGUUGCAAUUGAAUGUAUAUCAUUUUCUCUCGCUCUCCUUAUCUUUGCA